AUGACAAGAAAUCCAGAUAAGCAAAGAAGUAUUUUUAAUGAAAUCAUGGAAAUCGUGCAAAACCAACAAGUGGUGUUUUUUUUGUAUGGCUAUGAUGGAACUGGUGGAAGGACAACUCAUUCAAAAUUUAAGAUUUCGGUUCCUACACUUGAAACAUCUAUUUGCAAUAUAGAUAAAAAAGAUGAGAUUGCCGAUUUGUUUAAAGUAACCAAUAUCAUUAUAUGGGAUGAAACACCAAUGACACACAAGUUUUAUUUUGAGGUGCUUGAUAAAAGUAAAGUGGUUGUCUUUGGUGGAGAUUUUGGACAAAUACUUUCGGUUAUACCUAAAGAAUGGAUACUACAAAUUGGUGAUGGAACUAUCUUAGAGUCAAGUGAUGGUUAUGUUGACAUUACCAUUCUAGAUGAGUUUUUGAUCUCUAACUUUACGGAUCCUAUUGAAGUAAUUGUUACAAGUACAUAUCCAGAUUUAAUGAAUAACUACAAUGAUUCAAACUUACUUCAAAAUAGAGCAAUUUUGACUUCUACUAUAGAAGUGAUUGAUGAUAUCAAUGAUUAUAUCACAAAGCUGAUUCUAGGAGAAGAAAAUGAAUGUCUAAGUAGUGAUUCAAUUGAUAAAUCUGAAUGUACUGGCUUUGAUGCAUUUGAACACUUAGCUCCAGAGUUCUUAAAUUCUAUUAAAAUAUCAAGGUUGCCAAAUAAUUCCAUCAAGUUGAAAAUUGGCACAUCUAUUAUGUUGUUACGUAACUUGAAGGAUUAUGCAAUGGUAAAUGACUAA